UCCUGGCCGUCAGAAAGUGUCGAAGAGGAGAAGGAAGAGGAGGAAAGGCGCCUCGCUGCCUGCUCGGAGAACAACACGCUUCGAUCGAUUAUUCCAUGUCGGCGCUUCUGGUGGACGAAUGCUUUCUGUCGGAUAAAGAGUCUUAGUGGGGAAGGAGCAAAUCUUUGUUUUUUUUGGGGGGGCGGCGGGGAAUGUUGAAGUUCUGUUACCGGAGUUGCUUCCCACCGGGAUGUAAAAAGUAGGACGUUUUGGUCGCCACUUUGCCAUCUUUCUGGACAAGUCCGACGACAUUACGAGGCCAUGACAGAGUGCUGGUGGGCGUGGCCGUUCCUGGUCACCUUGGCAACGGUGUUCCUCGACAGCUCCUGCAGUAAAAACCCAGAGUUCCUCUCCGACACGCUGAUCAACAACGUGGCCCAAGACCCCCGCUCUGGCCGGCUCUAUGCGGGCGCAGUCAACGCCCUCUACCAGCUGACGCCCGACCUGGUGUCAGAGUUCCGCAUCGAGACCGGGCCCAGGCGGGACAACAGGCAGUGCACGCCGCCCAUCACGGAGGCGUGUGAGGACGCGGCGGACACGGACAACCACAACAAGCUGAUGCUGGUCCACGCCGCCAAGGACACGCUGGUGGUAUGCGGGAGCAUCUUUAGAGGGAUCUGCUCGCUGAGGAACCUCAGCAACGUGGAGCACGUGCUCUACUUCAGCGACAACAAGGGCGAGAAGUCGUACGUGGUGAGCACGGAGGAGAGCGUCUCCGUCGUGGGUGUCAUGUCCUACUAUACCAAGGAGAGAGACAACUUCACCGUCUUCCUGGUGGCGAAGGGCUACGGCAGCCAUGACAGCACCAAGCUCAUCUCCACCCGCAUCCUCCAGGACUACGGCGAGUGGAACAUCUUCGAAAACAUAAUCGACGCCUCCGCCGUGCAAGCCAAUCCCUUCGUGCUGAAAUACCUCCACGACUUCCGCUUCGCCUUUAAGGACGGCGGCUCUCUGUACUUCCUGUUCUCACGCACGCUUGGCGUGCAGGACACCAAGAACUUCACGUUCAUCUCGAGGAUGUGCGAGAACGACCAGAGCUACUACUCGUACACGGAGCUGCAGCUCAACUGCAGCGCUUCAAACAAAUACAACAAAGUUCAGGCCGCGUUCGUCACAACACCAGGCGAGGUUCUGGCUCAGAAUCUGACCAGAUCAGGCGAGUACGGAUCGGUGUUGGCCUCUGACAAGGUUCUGUUCAUCACUUUCACUUCGGACGAGGACGCGUCCACUUCAGCCAUGUGUAUGUACCCUCUGCGCGCGAUAAACGAGAGGCUGCUGGCGAUAAUCAAGGCCUGCUACAGCAACGGCGGCCUCAUUGACAAAAGGCCCUCCGUCUACUCGCCGUACUCCACCAAGUCAGGGGGUCUGUGCAGCAACAACAACCAGGCAAACAUGGCGACAAAAUACGAAUGCGGCGCCGAGUUCCUGCCCUCGCCGCUGGCCAGCAAAGCAAACGUCGCUCUGGUCGCCGAACCGUCGCUGGUCCGCAAGGGUCACAUGACCGCUGUUGCCGUGGCUGUGGAAAUGGGGCACGCUGUGGCCUUCCUGGGCACUGCCAACGGAGAGGUUUUCAAGCUGCACCUGUCCGCCCACCCGGAGGUGUACGGAAGGGGGUCAGGCGAGGUGACGGGGGACAAGGUCAACAAAGACCUGUUGUUCGAUUCCCAGCUUCAGCACUUGUACGUCACUACUGAGAAGAAGAUCACCAAGAUUCCAGUCCAGUCCUGCCACCUGAAGACGGACUGCCAGUCCUGCAUGUCCCUGAAAGACCCGUACUGUGGCUGGUGUGUGCUGGAGGGAAGGUGCAGCAGGAAGCAGGAGUGCAGCAGGUGGACCGAGGAGAACACCUGGCUGUGGUCGCCCAAUCAGCAGUGUGUGGAGAUCCAGGCUUUCGACCCACCAAACAUCAGCUGCCAGAAGACACAGCAGGUGGACAUCAGCAUCCCCGCCCUGCCCAGACUGAGACAGUCGGACAAGCUCCACUGCCUCUUCGACUCUUUCACCAGUGGGGCUGUUGUGAUCGGCACCCAGGCGGCGGUCACUUGCUCCUUGCCCGACCUCGCCGAGAUCCCGCCUACGCCCAAUCAACAAGAUUACGUGUCCGUCCCCGUCCAGAUUGUGGUGAACGACAAGGUCGUGGUGACGUCUGGAGAAUAUCACAUCUACAACUGUUCCGCCACCGUCAGGAAGAAUCCUAACACACCGUGUAUUUCAUGCGUGACCAGCCAAUGGGGUUGUCAGUGGAACGCCCGGGAGCACCGAUGCAGCGACACCGACGAAGCUACGGACGGAAGUCACAUCAUCAAACAUCAGCAGCCGGACCGUUGUCCUCAGUUUGAGUCUCCGGACCCCCUGCUGAUCCCUGUGGGCUUUGAGGUACCCAUCAGCUUCCAGGGAAGAAACCUGGGCAUCUACACGGACCGGAGGUUUGUCAUGGGGACGGAGCUGAUGAAGCAGACGAAGGAGGUCAUGCAGGAGCAGGGGUCAAAGUUCAAAUUCAGAGGACAUGAGUUUUCCUACGCCAAGCAGCAGGAGGUGAACAUUUCCUUCCAUGUGAUAGAACGUGAGACUGAGCGCAAGAUUGACAGCACCCUCACAGUGAUGCUCUACAACUGCUCGGUGGGAAGAGAGGACUGCAGUCUGUGCAAACAUGCCGACGCCAAGUACGAGUGCGUGUGGUGCGCCGCCUCGGAGGCGUGCAUUUAUCGACAACUGUGCUCGGCGGCGCAGCCGACACUUUGCCCGGCCCCCACCAUCACUGACAUCAAACCUCGCUUCGGUCCGCUUAACGGUCACAUCUCAGUCACCAUCAAAGGGUCCAACAUGGGAAUCAAGAAGGAAGACAUUAAGAGGAUCAGCGUGGCCGGCGUUGAGUGUGAUCACCAGGAGGACAAGUAUUCCGUCUCCACAAGUGUGGUGUGCGAGAUCGGCCCCGCUAAGCGAACGCCGCCCUCUGACCUCCCGUUUGAGCCGAGCAACAGCGGCGUGGUGGAAGUGGAAGUUGAGGGGGGGCGAAGAGGAAGCUCCAAGGUUGUUUUUACCUAUCGGGACCCCAAACCUCACGCAGUGGACCCUGGAAAAGGUCCUGCCGCCGGCGGAACCGCCAUCACCAUCAGCGGCAAGGAUCUGGACACGGCGACCAAAGAGGAUGUGACGGUCGCAGUGGGCGGAGUUCCUUGUGAAGUCCUCACUUUUGGCGAGAAAAUCACCUGUAAGACGGGCAGGUAUCGAGGGCAGAAGGUUCCCUCAGACCUGCUGACGGUGAAGAUCAACUAUGGAACAAACACCAGCAAGGAGGUCACUGCUGCCUUCCAGUACUCCGAGAACCCAAAGAUCUCUGAUUACUCCCCGAAGUCCAGCUUUGUGUGCGGCGGGCGGAAGAUCGUGGUGUUGGGAAACAGUUUUGACCUGAUCCAGAGGGCCAGCAUGAAAGUGGUGCCCAGCUCUGACGACUUCUCACAAGACCAAUCACGUGUCGAGUUCGUGCAGGAGGCUCUGAGCAAGAACGACACGGUGCUGCAGUUCUCCUCACCGACGGUCAACUGGAGCGACAGCCGCUCUUUGCGCACCUUCCUGCACCUGGACAACGUCAUCGAGGAGCUGAGGGCCUUCGACUACCACCCGGACCCCACCUUCAACGCGCUCUCCAAAACCAUGAUCACGGAGACCAGCGUCAUCAUCGUCACUGGGCGUGGCUUCUCCAAGGCCAUGACGGCCAAAGAGGCGCAAGCCUUCGUUGGAGACGCUUCCUGUAAUGUCAGCAUACUACAGGACGACAAGUUGAUCCUGGAUGUGCCGUUGUCUCAGCCCAGAACUCCAUCAAAACGCCAACGCAGAGACGCCGGCAAUGACCCACUGGAGCUAGUGGUCAAGUUCGGCCACGGAGAGUGGAUGGUUGGUUCCGUCUACUACGCCACGAAGGACGACAUUCCUCUCGCCAUCAUCAUUCCCGCCGUCAUCCUCCCUAUGCUGCUGUUCAUUUUCGUGUCCGUCUACUGCUACAGGAGAAAGAGUCGGCAGGCGGAGCGAGAGUAUGAGAAAGUGAGACAUCAGCUGGAGAACCUGGAGGAGAGUGUGAGGGAUCGCUGCAAAAAAGAGUUCACAGACCUGAUGAUCGAGAUGGGGGACCACACCAGCGACCUGAGCGAAGCCCGCAUCCCCUUCCUGGACUACAAAACCUACACCGACCGGAACUUUUUCCUGCCCUCCAAGGACGGCGCUAACGACGCCAUGAUCACGGGGAGGAUCCAAAUCCCAGAAUCCCGCAGGGCCACCGUGGCUCAGGCUCUCAACCAGUUCUCCAACCUGCUCAACAGCAAGACCUUCCUCGUCAACUUCAUCCACACGCUGGAGAGCCAGCCCGACUUCAACGCUCGCGCCCGCGGUUAUUUCGCCUCGCUGCUGACGGUGGCGCUGCACGGCAAGCUGGAGUACUACACGGACAUCACCAGGACGCUGCUGCUGGAGCUCAUGGACGAGCACGUGCACAACAAAAACCCCAAGCUCAUGCUCAGGAGGUCGGAGACAGUCGUGGAGAGGAUGCUGUGUAACUGGAUGUCCAUCUGCCUCUACCAGUUCCUCAGGGACAGCGCCGGGGAGCCGCUUUACAAGCUAUUUAAAGCGUUGAAGCAUCAGGUGGACAAAGGCCCGGUGGACGCCAAGAUGAAGAAGGCCAAAUACACGCUGAACGACACCGGGCUGCUGGGAGACGACGUGGAAUACUCUGUACUGACCCUGCAGGUGCUGGUGCACGGGGAGGGGCCGGAUGUGACGCCCGUCAAGGUGCUCAAUUGUGACACCAUCUCUCAGGUGAAAGAGAAGAUCAUUGACCAGGUGUACAGGAAUCUGCCGUACUCGCAGAGGCCAAAGGUGGAGAGCGUGGCACUAGAAUGGCGUCCCGGAUCCACGGGUCAAAUUUUGUCUGACGUCGACCUAACCUCGCAGAAGGAAGGACACUGGAAGAGACUCAACACUUUGGCGCAUUACAACGUGCGGGACAACGCCACACUGGUUCUUUCCAAAGUGUUGCACACACAGGCCUUCCAUCAGCACCAGGAUAGCUAUGAAGAGCGUAACGCCCUGCUGGAGGACGACAACACCUUCCAUCUGGUGAGGCCGACAGACGAGCUGGACGAGGUGAAGUCCAAGCGAGGCAGCAUGAAAGACAAGUCCAUGACCAAGGCGAUCACUGAGAUCUACCUGACAAGACUGCUCUCUGUCAAGGGGACACUGCAGCAGUUUGUGGACGACUUCUUCCGCAGCGUGCUGUGCACGAGCGCCGCUGUACCCCCCGCCGUCAAAUACUUCUUUGACUUCCUGGACGAGCAGGCGCUGAAACACGACAACGUGGACGAGGAGACGCUGCACAUCUGGAAGACAAACAGUUUGCCACUUCGCUUUUGGGUGAACAUCCUGAGGAACCCUCAUUUCAUCUUCGACGUGCACGUGACGGAGGUGGUGGACGCAUCGCUGCACGUCAUCGCUCAGACCUUCAUGGACGCCUGCACCAAGACCGAGCACAAACUCAGCCGGGAGUCGCCCAGCAACAAGCUGCUCUACGCUAAAGAGAUCUCCACUUACAAGAAGAUGGUGGACGACUACUACGAAGGCAUCAGACAAAUGGUUCCUGUUAGCGACCAGGACAUGAACACUCACCUUGCUGAGGUGUCCAGGCAACACACAGACAAGUUGAACUCCCAGCUGGCCUUGCAUCAACUCUACAAAUACGCCAGCAAGUACUACGACGCGAUCAUUCAGUCCCUGGAUGAAGACCCUGCCGCCCAGAACAAGCAGCUGACGCUCCGCCUCCAGCAGAUCGCCGCCGCCCUUGAGAAUAAAGUCACCGACCUUUGACCUCCCCGUGAAAAGGGGUUGGAAAGUGGGCGGAGUCACCUGGCCACAGAAGCCCUUAUAAAGUGUUUCCUGGCGAAUGAAAGACAUUUUGGAUUAGAGGAGAGGCGGAGCUUCGACCUGCGGUACACAGCACGGACCAAUCAGAGCUCAUUAUU